AUGCCUCCCCCAAAGACUGAAAGCUCUCCGGCUUCAGCUCCUGAUCUCGAUAUUCUUGGGGAUCAAGUCACCAUACAUCCAACUGGCUAUGUCGAGCCUCCUGCUAGUCAAGAUGAAGGUCAUGAAAGAAACCUCGUCGAACAUAUGGCUCGGUUCCGCGAGUCGCCUCUGGACUUCCUUCGGGAGGUCAGCCUACACGUGUCUGGAACAGGAUGGAGAGCCUAUGAUGAGGUCCUAGGUCAGCCGAUCUUCUACAGCGGCUUCUCCGAAAACAUGAAAGCGGCCGUUAUGAAGACACCGAUGCUCAGACGAAGAAUCGAAGACUUGGCGCAACGAAGGGUGGAAGUCGAGGAACAAUGGGGUCUACUUGGUGAUGAGAAAGACAUAUUCCAGAACAAAGUCCGGAGAAAAACCGAGAUUGAAGCAAGUCUGCAGGAAGUUGCACUAGAAUUGACGGAUGGCAUGAUCUGCAAGAUGGAGAGCAAAAGGUUUAUCAGAGGGGCCUACUACCUGUGCACGCAGCUUCUGACCCGUGCGUACCACCAAGGCAUCCAUGUCUCGAGCGAAGAAGUGCUUCGGCUACGAGCUGUUGCCGAACAAGCAGCCAAGAAAAAGCACUCAAUCGUCUUCCUCCCCUGUCACCGAUCCCAUGUUGACUACGUUUCGCUACAACUCAUCUGCUAUCGGUUAGGGAUCGCUUUACCUACUGUCGUUGCGGGUGAGAACCUCAAUUUCCCAGUAAUAGGCUCAUUUCUUCAGCAUGCUGGAGCUAUGUGGAUCAGAAGAAGUUUUGGAGAUGAUGCUUUGUACACGACGCUCGUUCAAUCGUACAUUGACACACUACUGCAGAACGGCUUCAACUUUGAAUGCUUCAUUGAAGGCGGUCGAUCGAGGACUGGCAAGCUUCUGUCCCCCAAAUUUGGAAUAUUGAGCUUCCUUCUAGACAGCGUCCUGUCUGGCCGCGUAGAUGAUGCAAUUAUCUGUCCCGUGAGCACUCAGUACGAUAAGGUAAUCGAGACAGAGUCAUAUAUUAGUGAGCUACUCGGUCAGCCGAAGCCAAAGGAGAACCUACAAGACUUCCUCUCCGCCUCUUCUGUACUUUCUCUGAAACUUGGGAGAGUCGACGUCCGUUUUCAUGAACCCUGGAGUCUUCGGGACUUCAUCAAUGGCCAACAAACUCGGAAAGACCAGUCGCUCGCCACGGAGGGUCGGACCAAUUUGCAAACCUCCGAGAACCGGGGGCGUCUUCUCAGAACGUUGGGCUUCAAAGUGCUGUCGGAUAUCAAUGCUGUUUCCGUUGUGAUGCCUACAGCCCUGAUCGGUACCGUGUUGCUCACUCUACGCGGACGGGGAGUCGGCAAAUCCGAGCUGAUACGACGAGUCGAAUGGCUGAGCGAGCGGGUCAGAAAUAAAGGAGGUCGAGUGGCACACUUCGCCGGCGCUCCUACAGAGGUAGUUGUGGAUCGGGGCCUUGAAGUUUUGGGAUCUGGUCUGGUGGGUGUCGUAGAUGGCUUACCAGAGACUACAUAUUACGCCGUCGACAGGUUCCAGUUGUCUUUCUACCGCAACAUGACGAUUCAUCUUUUCAUCACAGAAGCACUCGUGUCUGCAGCCAUGUACACGCGUGUUAAACAAGGCGGAGGGCCUGACAAUCAAAGAAUAUCGUUUGAUCGUCUACAUGACCAGGUGUACUUCCUCUCUCAGCUUUUCCGCGGCGAAUUUAUCUACCCUACAGCAGGCCUUCUCGCUAAUCUCAAUGCCACUCUACGGGGUCUGGAAAGAGACGGUGUUAUCACGGUCUCUCGCGAUCCUGCAGGAAAGGCGCUCUCGGCAGGCUUGAGCGAUACAGAGAGAAAGAAUGGGCGAGAAAAUUUCGACUUUUACUGUUUCCUAAUCUGGCCUUUUAUCGAAUCGACAUGGCUAGGCGCUGUGGCACUCAUGGGCUUGACGCCGCCAUUGGAGCAGAAGGAUGAACUGCUGGGCAAGACGCUCUAUCACCAAGGCGAUCUUUCGUAUUUCGAGGCCGUCAACAAAGAAACACUGAAGAACGCAUUUCAGCUUUUUGAAGACGAAGGCAUCGUCAAUUUGCACAAAAGUAAAGAUAAAAAGGUUCCCUCAACGAUCAAGCUGGCUGAGGGAUGGACACCUAAAAGAGACCCGGCGACGGGAAAUAUUAUUCCGGAAGGCAACCUUUGGUCCUUCAUCGAGACUAUAGCGAAUUCACGGAGAGAAGGCAAGAACCGUCGUGAUGGUGCUACAGUCAGCACAAGAGUACUGGUGUUGGCGGACAAAGUUGGCCGGCAGUUGUUCGAAAGCGCAGCUGCUCCAGGUAACGCCGCUGUGGAUGCCUUGAGAAGUCCAAAGAAGCGGAGACGGAAAGAAAUGCAGACAAAAGCAAGGCUGUGA